AUGGACAACAAGCAGCCCGCGGCCAGUACGCAGCUGCCACGUCACCGCCUCGGGCGGUGCGGCAAUCCCCGGAAAGAAAGGGCGUCGCAGUGCCAAUGGUGCGAGCGCGAGCACAGGGAGCUUCCUCCGUCCAGGUCAGUCGCCCACGCACCACCACACCAGCACCACCACCCGAUGGCGCUCAUCGCCACCACACCAUAUAUAACGGCGACCACCGCGGGCCCCGCCACCUCCUCCUCCAGAACCUGCCCCCUCCGCGCGCCACGGAGAUCCGCCGCCUCCUCCUCCCGGCUCCCGCGCGCCAUGGCCGACGCCGCCGCGUCUCCUGCCACCGGCGACUCCGCUCCCCCGUCGCUGCUCGUCUUCUCAGGUGGAACAGCGUUUAAUGGCGUUGUGGAAGAGUUGAAGAAAGUGACUACUCGGGUUGCACAUGUUCUGCCAGUUUCUGAUGAUGGCGGGAGCACAGCGGAGAUUGUUCGUGUGCUUGGUGGACCUGCUGUGGGAGACAUAAGGUCAAGAUGCUUGAGACUGUCCGAUGAGAGCACUUCAGAAGCCCUCUCUGUUCGGAGAUUGCUUGGCCACCGUUUGCCUCUUGAUCCUUCAGAAGCAAAGCUGGAGUGGUACCAAAUUGUAGAAGGAGAACACUCUUUAUGGGAUGGUGUCUCUCGUCCCUACAGGGAGACAAUCCGUGCAUUUUUGGUCUACUUCCAUAAUGAGAUCCUUCGGCGACCAGUUGAAACAUUUUGCUUCACCAAUGGCAGCAUUGGGAAUUUCUUUUUUGCUGGGGCACGCAUAUUCUUCCAGUCUUUGGAUGCUGCAAUUUUCUUGUUUUCACGUGUGUCACAAAUCCCUGCAGAAAGUCUUGUGCUUCCAGUGAUAUCCACAAAUGACAGGCUUACACUUGGAUGUGAACUAUGGGAUGGAACUAUCAUUCGAGGCCAAAAUGAAAUAUCACAUCCAAGCAAUGGGCGUAGAGAAGUUGUUAACAAGGACUGUAAAUCAUGCAAUGCACUUCCUUCAAGCAUCAAGCGUGUCUUUUACAUGUCAAGUGAAGGUCAGAACUUGUUGCACGAGGUUUUUCCUGAAGCUAACCGUACAGUUUUGGAGCAGCUAAGUAAGGUGGAUUGCAUUGUAUAUGCCAUGGGAUCGUUAUUUACAUCUGUUUGUCCAUCACUGGUACUGCGGGGUAUUGGUGAGACUGUAGCAUCAAGAUCCGUUCCCAAGGUACUUCUCUUAAAUGGAUCACAUGAUAGAGAAUCUAUUGGGCUGCAUGCUUCUGGCUUUGUGACGGCAAUUACUGAUUCUCUAAAUCGGACAUAUGGUGAUCCUGAGAAAAGUCUAAAGAAUCAUCCCAAAGACUAUGUGAAUGCAAUAUUGGUUCCUGAAGGAGGCCAAAUUCCUUUAGAUGUUGAAAAUUUGGCAUCUAAAGGAAUUUUUCAUGUGGACACCGUGCAGUCUGUGUGCGACGCAAAAGUGGGUGUCAUAUUUGAUCCACAGUCGUUAAUCCAAGCUCUGACUAGUCUGAUAUCGGAGCACACAGAUAUAUGUCUAUCUGAACCCGAGCGUUUAACUGAAAACGUGAAGUCUGUAUGUUGAUUUUCUAAAGGAUGCACUUUCAGGUACACAGUAUACCGGUCCUAAUUUUUUUACUGUCAGCAGUCCUAUUUCAUCUAGUGCUGCAUUUUUGCACCAAAUGACACGGUUGAAAGAAAGACUUAGAAGCUGCACUGCAGUGGAUUACCUUUUAAUCUCCUCGAAAAAACCGUCAUUUAUCUCAUUAGGCUUCUGGUGAAUGGCGAUGAUUCAGUGCGACAUGAGUACCUGCUUCGGUUGGUAGGUGUACUCCAUAGGUGACAAUUCUGUGCGAAAACCAAUUGGGACGUUCUGAUUAAAACAUCUAGAAAUGUGACACUUAGGGCAGUUCCGUUGCGUUGUAUCUCAAGUAAAUUGUAUCUAGAUACUUCCAUCUUUUGUACAGCACGUAGAUACUUGUAUGUUUGUGAUCAUUGAAUAUGUUUUGUGAUCAAUACUAGCAUUUUGAACCUUGUGGCUUUU